AUGUUGAGAUUCUCCUUUUUGUUGGAGUGUUGCACUCCAGGUUCUUUACCAGAUCCUCAGUUAGUAGCAGCUAUGUUAGUACUUGAAGCACCAAUAGUGGCUCGAGCAGCAUUGUUGUUGGAAUGUGGACAUUUCAUCCAUCGGUGUAAUCGAGGCGAUUGGCCAAAUUGGAUGAAAUUGAAUUUACCAACUUUUCGUCAGUCAACAGCUGCUUUACAUAGCCGUGGGCAACCAUCAGGUUACCGACGUAGCUUAAUACUGCAAAGAUCUGCUGGAAGAAUGUUCUACCAAUGGGCUGAGAACCUUGGUAGUCAACUGGAAUAUAUAAUGGCUAAAGAACAUACAGACAGACUGGCUGUUAUUGAUGAAAUCAAAGAUGAAGUUCGUAAAAGAGAAUUACGGGCAGAAGAUGAAAAUGAAAACUUUUUAGAUGAAGCAACUGUGAAUUUUAGUGGUUCUGAUUGUCCUUAUGCCCUAAAGAUGAUUGCGUGUUUGGUGUUGUUGGAAAUCACAACAUUUAUGAGGGAAACGUACCAGUACUUGCCGAAAUCUCGCACGGGCAAGAGAGAUGCUGUGUGGGAACGAUCUGCUAGUACCAGUCGUCGAUGGAGCAGUGGUGUGGGCAGCCCAGGACAUUCAGAAAAAAGCAUAGAAUCCAAUACUGGCGAUUUGCCACAAACUAUGCAAUCUGCUUCAACAACUGUUGGUAGUCCAACAGAAAGAAAAAUAAGUUUUGCAGUCCAGGCCGAGCGAUCAGAUUCAAUCCACAGUAGUAAUACAUCACUUUCUGUGAUUGAGGGAACAGAAGAAAAGAAAGGGAGAAGACUUGCCCAAGGUCGCCAAAAAUUGCUAAAGCAUUUUAGACGAGGUUCAGGUCCCGGACACAAUUCUAGUUUUCGCCACAAUAGAAGUUUCCGGUUAAAGAGGCAAGAGGGUGGCAGUAUAAAAAGAUUUGGUAGUAUACGUUCACGAAAAAUAAGCAGCCAGUCGAUAAGGUCUGAUGAUAAAUUAGAAGAAGAAAUGGAAGAUGGAGAAUCUCCCCAUACAGGCAGUGAUCAUGAAACUCAGGAAAAUUACAUGGAUCAGGAGGUUACCGACGAAAAAAAUUUAGGUCAGAAUUUGCCAUGGAUCAAAAUUGUGGUCCAACUUGCCAAUUUGUCAAAUUUCAUUUGUACUCAUCAAGAUUUUUGUCAUCCAUAUUGCUACGAACGGCAACGGCGCAGUUGCAUCCGUCUUAUUACUGCCCUGAAGAAGGUUUAUGAAUCUACAAAAGAACAUGAAGCAAAAAAAACAGAAAAAGUGGUUGAUGUGCGAAGAGAAUUAUUCAAAGAAAAACUCAAACGAAGAGAAUCCAUUUUCCAACAAGCAUCACCAACUCGGAGACGUGAAAGCACACCACUUCUUGAAAAGAUUAAGUCAGAUGUAUCUAUAUCCAAGUUGAAACUCAGCUCUCCUCAUUGGAAAAAAGAAGAGAAGCCACGUGAAAUAAAACCUGAUCCCCUGCCAAUAGUAAAAUAUAUUACCUGCCAAGCUCAGAAUCUGACUCAGUGUCCAAUGGCUGUUGUGACUAAGGCAGCACCUAUUCUGUCAGAGAGUACCUUUGUUGACAUGAUGCCUGUAGCAUGGGAACUCAUCUUGGAAACUGACCAAGAAUUAGCUGCUUCUGCAGCUACUGUGUUUUUGUUGACAUCAGUAAAGGCUCCAGAUAAGGCACAAGCAAUGGUUGUUCGAGAAAUGCAGCAUGAAAAUGUUAACCAUCGUAUCAACGCUGUUCUCAGAUUUGGUACUCUUUGGCAGUUUCGCUAUCAAGUUUGGCCCCGCAUGGAGGAAGGAGCAAAUAACAUCUUCAAGGUUCCUCCUCCUAAUAUUGAUUUUACCCUGCCCUCUCCAACCAUUGGACUACCUACUCAAACUGUGGUUGAUCCACCAUGGAAGCCACACUUUAAGGCAAAGAUAGAAGAAGUCACACUAAACCAGGAAGAAACAAAAACAUUGGUGACUGCUACAACAACUCGCCGAAAACAACAGCAAGAAAUGAUUCUUCGGGCCCUACGAGCUGAAGAAGAACGUAAAAGGGUUGGACGAGAGAAUUUUCCAUUGACCACAGUCUCUGUUGCUCAACUGGCAGCCUAUGAGCCUGCUCUUCACCAUGUUAAUGAAGAGCAUGAGGAAGGAGAUGAAGAGAGAACUGAACACAUCCAUCACAUGCAACAAGUUCCAAGUUUCUUUCCUUCUUGCAUGUGUGUUGCUGUCCUUCCAAUCCUUCACUUAAUGGAUGACUUUGAUGUUAAUGCUGAUGGAAUCUCAGUGGCUGACAUGGCACGUAAAGUAAUCUGGAAAUGUCUAGUUGAAGACCCAGCAUUAUUCCUCAGACAUUUUUUGGAAAAACUCACCAAUAAAGAAAGACAGGAGGAAUUGAUGUUUCUUCUGAGAAAGCUACUGCUUUACUUUCGAGAUCUUCCAGCGCAAAUGGCACAUUCAUUAUUCAACUAUUUGAUUGGUUAUGUGAUCUUUUAUGUACGGACUCCUUCUGAAGGCAGCAAAGAGGCUAUAGCAGGGGCGCUUUCACUUUUGUGGCAGAUUAUACCAAGUGUGGAAGGAAUUUAUUUCAAGGAUCUAAAACAGACACUUCGGAAAGAACAAUGUGACCCUUUCCUUCUGGUAUCAUCAAAUGUUCCAAGUGCAAAGAAAAUAAUUGUGCAUGGACCAGAUCUUGCCAGUAUUCCAUCACAGUUUCCUGUGCAAGAAGAUACAAAGUUCUCACAGAUUCUUAAGGAUUCCCUGGAUUUCUUUAACAUUCCUGAUGACCAGCACAACUCAUAUUUCAUAGUUGACACUAAAUCAAAUCACAUGCACAACCUAAAUUCAUAUGUUCGUGAUUUCUACUUCUUCCAUCGAAAUAUCUACCCUCAAUUGAGUUUGCUCUACAUGAAUCCAGAUGCUGCUUUCCAAUCACUACAGAAACAGGCCUUUAUUUUGAAGUUUGUAGAAUUUGGGAAAGUGCUUUUCAGCAAUGUUGUUUUAAAGAGUACACAACCUCAUCAGCUCCAAACUCAUGUAUCAUUUCUUCAUGAGGAAUUCAUGAAAUUGCCAACAUUUCCACGGAAGGCUCUGGAAGCUGAAUUUAGUUUGUACUGUGGAAAUUGGGGCAAGGAACUUUAUGGAAUGGACACUCUCCAUAAAUACUCAUGGGUAAAAUUAAUUGAUACAAUGUUCACAAGAAUGAAUAAGACUUUCAACUGGUCAAAUGAUCUUCCAUUAUUUUUAAAUGUUCUUAAUGGUACCAUUGUACUCCAUUGUGAAGAUACAGCUGUACUUAGAUUCUGUUUGGCGAUACUCAUCAACACUUCAAAACAUUUCAAACAUAUUUUCUCCACAAGUGGGUUCUUGCAUGUUAUGCCAACACUGCUAAGGGUUUAUAGCAACAACCAGCCAAACACAGUUCUGUGUAAAAGUAUAGAAUUCACAUGCAGACAGUUUUACAUUCUUCAUAGAAAACCUUUCAUUCUUCAGAUGUUUGGCAGUACAGCACCAAUUCUAGAUAUGGACAGUUCUGUGACAAGAGUAUUUGAUUGCAAUAAGGUUCAGCCUGAUGCACUGUUCAAAUUGUUGAUAAAAAUUGGUGGCCAUUGUCCUGAUAAUUAUGAUAUUUUAGAUUUGGUGACUGGAGAAAAACCCUUAAAAGCUCUUGACUUCUGUUAUGAAAAUGAUCCAGGAACCUUUGAUAUUGUUGAUGUAAUCAAUAUGUGCGUGACAGUCAUCGCUUAUUCUCCUGACUCAUUUCGUAGUGGUCAGAUGUUGACCAUCCUUGAAGUGGUUGUGCCAAAAUAUUUGAAAUAUCUUAUUGAAGCAACCAAUCAGAAAGACAGUUUUAGUGCUGCACAAGGAGAGAUCCAAGCCAUUACCAAUAUAGCAAUUUCCAUCAGAGCUCUCAUCAACUCAUGUGAAACAUUUACCAGAAAUAGAAUUCUUACCCAACGCCAUAUGGAUGCUGUCAAUGCCAACAUGAAGCCCACACAAAACCACACAAAUUACUCCACUCAGACAUCAGGAUAUUACUAUGAUGAUAAGGAAGAGUCACAUGCCAGUCGAGGUGGUGAUGAAGGCCGAAAGAAAGGAUACCUUCCAGACGUUGAAGAUGUAGAUGCAAGACAAGAGUUUCGCAAACCCAGAGACACUUUACUUUUCAUUGCUUCAGAGUUUUUCACCAACUGUCAUUUCCGAUUGCGAGAACUACGUAAGAAACAGGUGGAUCCAUCAAUCCGUCCCCCGGAUCGGCCACCAGAGUUAUUUGAUUUCAAAACUCAUAAUCGUCUUGCUGACAUUGCUCACACUUUAUUGAAACUGGCUCCAAAUGAUCCUUAUAGCAUAUCUUGCCCUGGUUUGCAAAGUUAUAUGGUCCAUGUCCUGCCAAUAACUGACUGGUCUCAGGAACAGGUUCGCCCCGCCCUCAACCUUAUUCUCCGCAGACUCGAUAGGCUUUUCAGCAAAGUCUCAAAAAAAAUAUUGGUUAGGAGACAAGUUGAUUGGGAGGCUGCUGCCAAUUUGUUGAAAGGUGUCUACCUGACUUUACGAAAACAUAAUUUCAUUGCUCAUCUUACUCACCUGAAGACACUCAUCAAUGUACUGAUUGGCUUGAUAUUGUCUGGAAGCACAGGUACCAAUCAGGACCACCUUGGGCCAACAUUUUAUGGAAGCCACAAAAGUGAUCAAAGUCAGAACUCUUUACCUGCUCCAUCUGUUUUCUGUUCAGCUGUAAUAAAACUGGUUGCAAUGCAGAUACAAGUUUUGGGGGCACAAUUUUCAUUAGAACAGAUCUGUGGUGGAGUUUCCGUUUUUCCCUCAAUUGAAACUUGUCUGAAUAUACUUGUUGAUUUUAUCUUACCUCUCUGCAUAAGGACUGGCUAUGGAAGACGAGACACUCCCCGGCUGCUCCAUGCUGACAUCAGGUUUGCCCUGUCGGUGGUUCUUCAUGCCUUAAAUCCUCAAAUGAAGCAAACAAGCCAAUCAAACGCAAAGUCCUGCAGCCACCAGCUCAACAUAGGUGAGCAAGGCCAGUCCGACAGUUUCAAUCAGCCAGACAAAUACUCCACCAAGCAAGGCUGUUUUGAAUUACAAGAACAAACUGCUUAUUUAGGGCUGCAAGUAUUAAUGGUCUGCUUUGAUAAAAUGCUUGCUGCAGAAUGGCACCAUGUCGCCAAAUUUAUCAUGGAUAUUAGCACUAAAACUAAAGGAACUCUUUCACUUUGGAAAUUCUUGGAUUUUGUGGUGACAUACAGGCCUUCAAUCUUUUUACUCCUUCAACCAUUUAUUCAGUUCAAGAUGAUGAAAGUGAAUUGUGAUACGGCAGAGGAGUAUUUCCUGCAGCAGAUCAUUAAAGAUAAAUUGAUGGGUGUACAUACAGUGAAUCACCCCAAAUGUAAGGGUAGCACCCUCAUCCAACUGACAUUGGAACUACGACACAUCAAAGAAGAGUUAGCUAAUGCAGAAUUUCCUACUGUUACUCCAGCAAUGUUGUCUGAUCCAUCUGAACUUUCCUAUACUCAUAUCACGGAUCAACAGCAGCAACAAAUUAAUGAAAUUACAGCUGAAAUUGUUCCACCUAAAUUUUCACUUGGCACGGUUGGCAAACAUCCAAGUAAAGGUUCCACUGUGUUUUCACAGUCAAGCUCAAGUAGCAGCACUCCAUUCAAGACAGCUACAACCAUCAACUCUAGUGCUGGCAGUGGUAGCCCUUUGAUAAGUAACACUAAAAAGUCAACUCGUAGGAUCAGUGCACGCGAUGGCAGUCGUAUCUUGGACAAAUUUGAACGCAAAAAUACCAUAACAGAUGAUGCAUCACCAGAACCCCCUGCAUCUACCUCACCUAAGUUACAGCGACAGCCUGCUUCUUUUCAUGUUAGACAAGGAAGCCCAGAUAAAAAUGCUGCCCAACCAGCAGGUCUUGUAUAUGAAAAUGAAUGUCCUGAUGGUCAUGUAAACAAUGCAGUUAGCGGUGUCAUGACAGAAGAAGAAGCCUUUGGUGAAAGUGCCGACCAUGACCCAGCCAAACAUCGCUUACAACGUCAGGAUGCCAAGAGUAGAAAAACUUUUAAAAUAAAACGGCAAAAGACAAAGACCACCAGUAUGAGACAUCUCAUCUCUCGGCGAGGCCUACAAGAUCAGAGUGACACUGAGAUGGGGGGUUUCCAUGAGGGGUCCCCAACACAUGGACCUCUCAGCUCGGCAUUUGGCCCAGAUGCUCAGACUUUACAACUACGUCGAACCGGUGCAGGCGCCCCAAUAGCAAGAUCAGUGGAAACGAUCCCAGAAGCUGUUGAAGUGAAGCCGCGGCGUAAACAGCGGUAUAUCCAAAGGUCAAAAUCCCAUGAUGAUCCCUCUGCUGAUAUCCAUGCUCCGGCAGGCACUGCACGAGGGCGCAUAGCACGCCAAGGUGCUCGUAUUGUCCGGUCGCGCUCCCCUUCGGGUAGCCCUGUACGUCAUCGCCACCACCAUCACCAGUCGGCCAAUGUCAGUCCAGCCACAAGUCAAACUUACAUGGUUGCUCGAUGUGACUCUUCCGAUUCCAUAAAUGUCAAUGAGAGUUCAGCCUUACUGAAGGAUGACGAGAAAAACAAGUCACAAACAUCCCUCUGUAUCUACUUUGACGGUGCUGAGGGUGACGAGAAUUUAGAAGACGAACCUAAAAUUUAUAAGUACAAAAAAAAUAAAAAGUAA